UUUCAUCGCCAAAUUGAGCUGUGAUCAUCAUCAGCAUCAUAAACCGUCGUCUUACAUGGCAUGCCACUGCACCGUCAUAAAAUCAGAUCACGUGGAUUUUUAAUGCGCCUUCUAUCUAUCUAUCUAUCUACCUUCCAACACGUACCUACCUCCCUUCCUCUAUAAAUUUGAGAGACAGAGAGACAGGGAUCCGUUCAUUAGCUACUACUAAGCAUAAAGAAGUUGCCGGCCGGAGGGGAGGAGAUGGCGGCGAGGCGUCCGAUCAGCGCUCCCUUGUGGCUUGUCGUCACAGUCCUGCUUCUGAUUAUUUUCUCCAACGCGGUUGAGGGCUAUAACGGACUUCGUCCUCAGGAUUGCCGGCCGAGAUGCUCAUACAGAUGCUCGGCAACAUCAUACAGGAAGCGGUGCAUGUUCUUCUGCCUGAAAUGCUGCGCCAAAUGCUUGUGCGUGCCUCCAGGCACUUAUGGCAACAAGGAAACAUGCCCUUGCUACAACAACUGGAAGACCAAGAAAGGGGGCCCCAAAUGCCCUUAAUUUACUUUAAUCCCCCAUCCAUCUCUCUAUUUCUUCUCCUAUUUAUAUACACAUAUAUACAUCAAAAUAAAUAAAUAAAUAAAUUAUGCUAGCCAGUGUUAAUUUCUCAUUUGGUUCCAACUGGGGGGCAUUUCUUUGGC